AAAUCUGUUCAGAUGAUCUUAAAUGGCCUGAGGGUGAGUACAUUUUCAGCAAAUUUUCAUUUUUAGGUAAACCGUUCCUUUAAUACAGAGCACAUUCUGGGAUUUACAAUGUUUCAUAUUACAAGAAAUUACAGACUUACCUACGUCAUAAACUGACUGUAUGGGGCAUACUGCUUAUGAAAGGACCAAUGGGUUAUUUGUAUAGUGAAGGAGUUUGACAUUUCUGUAUGCACAAAUGAUUUAGAAAUGUUAACAAAAAUGUAUAAUAGAUCACAUCACAAAUAUAUAUUAAUCUUGUAAUAUUAGAGAUAUAACAGUGGUAAAUACAUGGUCAUUGUGACUUAAACUGAAAAAAAGAGUCAUUUUCAACAGUUCUUAUGUAUGGUAUUUUGUAUUGAAUAUUGAAAUGUUUACUUUUUUCCUCUUUUGCUAAUUCACAAGAGCUUAUAAUGUGCAUAUAAAUACUGUAAACAUCGAUUUUAUUGCAAAUAGGCCUACCCACACGUAUGUGUGUGUGUGUGUUUUAGCAUACUUAUCAAGGCACAUUACUCAAAUGCAACUCAAAUAAUAAGCAUUUCAGUGCAUCUCACUGUUGCAUGCUGUUAAGCUACAGUUAACUAAUUUAAAACAAUAAACAACCGCUCACAAUUACUAUUACCAUAGUUUAAAAAAAUAGUGCUGAGCAACUGAAAAAGCUGAAUAAAACAAAUGUUUGUGGUGAUAUCAGAUGUAUGAGAUAUUUCUGCUGGACAGUGUCAGAGGUCUGAACAUCUGAAUGCAUUUAUUGCAUUUCUGCCUAAAUCUAAACAUGUAUAUAUCAUUUGACUUUCAUGAAAGCAGAUGUGCUGGAUGAAAUAUACAGAUGAUCAUUCUCUCCACAAGUGUUUCUUAUACACGAUGCUUCAACUAGCAAAACAAUAUUUUUUACAAUAUUUCGUGCUACAUGCAUAAACGGUUUUUCAUAUGUUGACAGUCGGAAUUGUUAUUUUGCAUGUAAAUGCGAUUUGUGAAUCAGGAUAAUCUUUAUAUAAUCGUGUGGUUUUUUUUCCCCCAGACAAAUUCAUGCAACAGCUGUUUGAAGUCUUGACUGGUGUAACAUUCUUUGUAUGAUGUUUCAUUUGAAAUAAGCUUUGAAGUUUGAAAUGAAAAUAAAUGGUCAAUGCCAGUCUGGUCAGAUGUGACUUUCUCUCCCUCAGUUCCCCAUCUUUAUGAGAGCGCCAUCAUCUGGACAGAUGGAGUAAUCAUUUCACUCAUUAUUAUUAUUAUUCAUGGCCUCGGGUAGAUAAAACAUCAGUAAAAUAUGUGACUUAUUCAGCCAAACAGUUUAGGCUACAUCAAGAAAUAUGUCAUAAUAUAGCAAGAUUUUUAUUCCAGAUAGUGUAAAAUAAUUACUGAUUUUAUGCUUAAAUAAAGAAAGAGGCCAUUCCAAUUAGCUUGAAGAAAUGUUUAAAUGAGCAAAAAAGAUCAAAUAUUUAUUUUAUGUGAUAUUUUGGGAUAAAUAAAUAACCUAUGAAUAUAACUCGUGAGUAGACAGAUUUUUUUACAUACAGUUUUAUAUAAAUAUGCUUUCAGGCGACGGACCUGUAUUUUGAAAAAUCCCAAACAGGAAGUUGUCCUGUGCUGUGUUUAGUUGUAGGAAUGUUCAUGCCGCUUACAGUGAAGGUUAGUUGGUUGUUUUGGAAUGUUUGUGCGAAGGUUGUAUAUUUUUUUCCCGCAUCUCCUUUUAAAAAAAGAAUGAGUUUAACACGUUCAGUGCAUGACUUUCUGUCUGUGUUAUAAAUAUUUAUAAAAACGAAGGUUCUUGAGCUCCAGAGAUGUGAAUGUUUCUUUACUUGACAAAUGUUUAUUUAUAUUUAUGAAUUGUGCGAUUUUUUUUUUUUUGGCACAGAGUCUGAUCAGUAUGAACAAGUAUGAAGCCAUAAUUAAAUAUAUGUGGAAAAAGUAAACUACAUUAACAUUUGGGUUUACUGUGCAACUGAGAAGACGUGUCAAUAAAAUACAUGUCAAAGGAUGACUUAAUGCCUUUAUUGGAAAUUAUUUUGUUGGUGUAAAAGAGAUAAAUACGCCCAGGUGUUACAUAACUAAAUGUGAAUUAUGCCCACAUUGUCCAUAUCCCAUUGCAAAACCUCAAACACAAUCUAUAAGUGUUUGUUAUAAGUAUAUUAUAACUUUAUAGCAUGAUAAGCCCAAGUAAAUAAGUUACAGAAUACCCUAUAUCUCCACUGUAAAAACAAAACUGUGCGAACCAGUACCAAUUGUGCUGAUAGUGGCACAAUAUUUGUCUCCGAUAUAGUUCAUGCAUUGGUCCUUGUGUCGAGUGCCACCAGCAACACACACACAAACACAUACCUAAAAGAACCGAGCUGCCAAAUGGUUCAGGUCCUCUUUGUUCCUCUAAAAUAAAUAUUAAAUUAUGUCAUUCAUGUAAUUAAAUACCCUUAAAGUCUGCAUUUUAACCUCAUCGCGCAAAAAGAAACGAAAUUAAAGUGAAUGUCUUUGCCCUGCUACCUUCAGGUUCAAGCCUGUAGCUUAAACCACUAAGCCACUUUUCAGGAAACGGGUAUCAACCCAGUAUUCAGCCAUGGAAGACGACAUACAAGAGGAAGUCCUUUCACAGUUCAAAGAGAGGCGACUGGGCGGCUGGCAGGUCCUGCAGCUGACGGCGGGCACGGGUUUGGCGGUCUAUGCUGUCUGGGCUGGAAUCCUCAUGCCGGGGUUUCGCCGAGUGCCACUCAGAUUACAGGUGCCUUAUAUGCCAGCGAGCAGAACUCAAGUGAGUAAUGUCAUGACUCUCCUGAAGGGCCGAUCUGGAGGCAUCGCUGACCUGGGCUCAGGUGAUGGCAGAAUUGUGUUAGAAGCGUGCUGUCAGGGGUUUUCUCCAGCAGUUGGUUAUGAGCUCAAUCCCUGGCUUGUUCGUCUUGCGUAUUUUCAUGCGUGGAGAGCCGGACAACAUAGAAGUGUUUCAUAUCGGCGAGAAGAUCUGUGGAAGGUUGAUCUCUCGGCGUAUAAAAAUGUCACAGUAUUUCUAGCCCCUAGUGUGUUAAGUCUUUUGCAAAAGAAGUUACUGGCCGAGCUGCCUGAAGAUGCUUUGAUUGUGGCGGGACGUUUUCCGUUUCCUGAUUGGACGGCGUGUAAAGUAGAAGGUGACGGUGUGGACAGAGCGUGGGCCUAUCACAUACAAGAACUGAGACAUCGCUACCAGUCACAAGACAUACAUGAGGAAACCAGCUGAGAAACAUUUUAAACCUGUGCUUUCUUAUUAUUAUGUAUUCAUUUUAUCAUGUUUUAUGGAAUUCUUUGAUGCAGAAUGUUUUUACAAUAUUUAAGCUAUUAAUUCAUCUUUUUAUUGUGCCCUCACUCUUAAGUGAAACAAAACAUAAGAUGCCGAAAACAAAACUGCUGUCUGUGGGUGUUCCUUAAAGGGUUCGAACACGUGGAUCACUUCCUGUUUCUUGAUGUGACCUAGAUAAUGUUGUGUGUACAAUAUUUCGCUUUAACAGAAAAAAAGGGAAAUAAACCUAAUUUAUUGUAAGUCAUCUUUAUUGCAUGUGCUGUCUUGCGAAAAGUGCAUGUUUGUAAAUGUGUUUACCAGUCAAUCUGCAGUCUUACUCAACAUGUACUCGAGUUGAUGGGUUGCAUAACGUGAAGCCGUUGAGCAAACCACAAUAAACAACCAGAAGCAAGAGAAUCGCAAGCUCUUCCCUUUCAUCUUCAGAAAUGACAGACAGUCACAGACCGAUUCUCACAGUCCAGGAGGAACAUCUACAUGCAGAAACAAAAAGUAACAAAGCUUUUGUUUUGGCUAAUUAACCUAUGCUGAUUUUUACAAAGCAGAGUGGCUGAUGUGAUGCAGGCAUUUAUAAUACAUUUUGAAGUUAGCAAAUUAGAAGCACUCAAAUGAAAAGAAACAAAUUCAAAAUAUUCAAAAUCACAAAUAUUUGAAAACAAACUGCUAGUCGUAAAAGUUGUUGAUAUGGCAGACAAAACCACUUCUGUUAUGGGCAAAACUAUUGACCACUGUAAAUAAUACCCGAGUACCAGUUAAGAAAAACUGUGUAAAAAU